CGUGACCCCAUCCAUGACCCUAUUUUUCUUUAGGGGAUCAAGGGGUCAUCUCAUACCACCUAACGCCCACCUGGGUUCAUGUCAUACCACCUAACACCCUCCUGACCGACCAAGGGUUCCCAACAACCCCUUCAAACACCACAAGGGUGUCAUGUGUGCUCUCUUAGGUAGACAGCCCAAGGACAUCGCCGGAAGGCCAUGUUCUACCCAACAGUACCCACAAAUAUAUGAUCCAAAUUGCCCAUAAGCCACAUACAACAGGCCCAAGCUCCUUUUGCACAUUGAGAAUGCCAGGAAGACCAAGAACCUUCGACUUGAGCACCGGGAGACGCGCUGCGCUAGCCCAACCAGCGAGUUCUGGUGGCACCAGGCUCAACCUGCCAUCUCGGGAGGCAUUCUCCCUUGGGAAGCGGGCCUAUACUCGUGCCCGACACGUGGCAGUGAGCGUCGUGGAAGGCGAGGCUGGUCGGACGGAUGACGACGCGUGUAUAGGGGAUGUGCUGGCUAAACUGUUGAUUUUGAAUAGCGGCGCGAUGGACUCGGCGGGGUUAAUACAACACGAUAACGAAGGGGAGCUGCAACGUGGAGCGGAAGAAUGGCUGAUCAUCUUGGAGAGAGGAUGCAGGCGCCUACAGGAGCUUGUUGAGGAAUUGUCUGAGCGGUCAAAUGAAGAGCCAGGGAUCGACGGGGGGGCGAUCUCACUGGCGGGCUGGCUGAACGACACGGCCGAAGACAUCCUGGAGGKUAUGUGGGAGCUGGAGGAGGGGCCGGAUCCCCAGCUCGAUGCAUACAUCGAUUGGCGGUGGGCGGAUAGCAUGAUGAAUACCUGUACGGCUCUUUGUGCAAAGGGUCGUGAUCUGCGCUUUCUGCUGGAAGAUCGGCUUGCAUCCGUUGAAAUAAUAAUACCAACAACUGUAUCUACAACGUUGCUUUCCACAUCAGAAGCAGCGGCGACAUCAGGACUGGCGAUAUCAACGACAACAUCAUGCGAUCAACUGGAGGAGCGGCGGAAAGGUGGCGAGAGGGAUGCGAUGGGCGACAACAACGACAAGGACGACGGCUUGAAGGGAAGCUCCGAGGACAACAACGACAAUAACAACAACAGCGACAACGACAACAACAACAACAGUGACAACGACAACAAUAACAACAGCAACAACAACAACAACAACAACAACAACAACAACAACAACAACAACAACAACAACAACAACAACGAUAGAGACGACAACAACAACAACGACAACAUCGACAACAACAACAACAACAACAACAACAACAACAAGCAGUCCCAGAAUACCAAACACACUGUUCAUGGUCUCAAAGGGAUUGACAACAAUAACGAUGCUGUUGGGAGCGGUGGAGAUGCUGAUAAUAACACCACAAAUAAUAUUGACGAUAACGAUAAUGACGGCUAUGGUUGGGAUGCUAUGGAUGAUAUGACGACUAAUCGAGGUUGUAGUGGAAUGAUCGGUGUUGUUAGUUGGCAGCGGAGGGGCGUGGGUUAGUUGGUGGUGAAUGGUCUUGCCCGGCCCGCAAUUCCAAUCAGGAUGGGAGGUGGUUAGUUUAGGUUUUCCUGUCAUCGCAGUUGUGUGUCUAAGGAUUACGUACGGACUGGAAGAGCAGUUAAUCCCCUCUUAGGAGGGCAAUCAAUGCUGCUUUUCACU